UCUUCCUUUUCCCUUUUCCUCUGCAUGGAUUUUCCUCCCAUCCUUCUCUGUAUCUACUCACCCUAUCCCGACACAUAGUCUCCCUGUCUAUUAUACCGGGUCGCAGGUAGACCUCGGGUGCUAUAUUAUGACAAUCCCUUUCGAACACGUCAUUGGACAAAAUGGACCUGCACAAUGAGCCACGCUGGCAGUGGCCUGCAAGCUCCUCAGCCAAUGCUCCCGGGAACGCCGGGGCAGAGGAACAACCCGAGCAUGCUCACAACACCCAUGAUGCGGGUGCGCCUGCACCAGAAGCUUCUCAGAAGCAUUAUCCACCUCGCGUCUGCCGCAUCUGCCUGGAGACCGUGUUGCCCACGCUCCACCCUCCUGCGGAAAACCUCCCCGGGUUCCUCCAAGGCCAGCCCCGAGUCGUCUACGAGUCGGAGGAUCCGGAACUUGGUCGCCUUCUUCGGCCGUGCAAAUGCAAGGGUUCCUCGCGAUACGUCCACGAGGGUUGUCUUCAGUCCUGGCGGCACGCGGAUCCGGGCUAUGGCAAGCGCAAUUACUGGCAUUGUCCCACCUGUGGCUUCCAGUAUCGCCUCGAGCGUCUCACCUGGGCGCGUUGGAUCAGUAGUUCUUUCGCACAGUUUGGAUUGACUUUGAGCAUUUUAAUUUUCACCGUGUUUCUCCUCGGUUUUGUUGCUGACCCUAUCAUUAACCUUUACGUGGACCCCAUGGAAACCCUUUACUACUCGGAGUUCUGGGACCCGACGGUCUCCGACGUUCUACCGACUGGCCGGGGCCAUUCCUGGUUUGAGCACUUUUUCAAGGGACUGGCUUCCUUGGGCGUGCUCUCGUUCAUCAAAGCUCUGUUCGCCCUAUCGCCUUGGCAGUGGUGGAACCUUCGCAGCUCUGGCGUUGUCAGUGGAGGUAGAAACACUGGCAGGAGCCGAGCCGCGUCUGUGAGCUGGAUCGUCAUCUUGAUUGGCGUCCUGACCUUCCUCUGGGCCGUGUACAAAGGCGUAAGGAACUGGAGUCGGAAAACGUUGGAAAAGGCUGGGGAACGAGUCAUGGAUGUUCCGUUGCCCGACGAUGAUGGCGAUGUGCCGAACAAUGGCUCCGAGCGUAGGAAGGAUGAUUGAUCAUCACAAGGCAUUGGCUUCGGAUGCGAAACUCUUGAUGAUGGGUUUUUAUACCGGCUCCGAAUAGCCUCGCACUACUUUGAGUUGUCACGCUCCUUUCAAUGACGUGCCAAUCAGUCAAUGUGCGAAGAACGAUUUGGCCCUCUUAACCUCUGGGUUCUGUCUGAGAAGUUGAAUGGUUGGAAGAAACGUUUUGUCUCUUCCUCUUCGUUCUCCUUUAUCCACCAGGCAUGCCCUUAGGGAGGGCCUUUCUACAGCUCGAUCCGAAUAGGCGUUUCAAGUAGUGAGCGUUUUCGAUUGAGGUGCAGUACAUACAUCUGAUAGUUUAAUAUUAAUAUCUUCAUCGAAG